CAUAAUAGAACUUCAAAAUUGCCUUCUUUGAAUUACGUAAUUGGUUACAAAAGAAAAUAAAUGGUGAAAUGCGAUACGUCAAAGUCAAAGCAGAUGUCGCUGGUGUCGCCAUGUUUUUUUAAAUAACAACUUUAUUUUUAUUUGCUGAAUUGAGCGGAACGUGCGACGAAAAAUGGCUCUAACACGUGCUUUGUUAGGCGCUGCUAAUUUAUCGAGAUCAGUUAAAAUAACUAGCAAAAGUUUUCCAGCAUUUCCUCGGCAUUUUCACCUGUCAAACUGCGCACUCGCAGAACGUUUGUACACCGACAAGCACGAAUGGGUGGAAGUUACCGGAAAAAUAGGAAUCGUAGGAAUAUCACACUAUGCACAGGAAGCCCUAGGAGACGUUGUAUACGCCCAAUUACCUGACGUAAAUACAGUUCUGAAGCAAAAAGAUGAAUGCGGCGCUUUGGAGAGCGUAAAGGCGGCUAGCGAAAUAUACAGCCCGAUUUCGGGGAAAGUUGUUGAGAAAAAUGGCGAUGUGGAGGAAAAACCGUCCCUGAUAAACACAGAUUGCUAUGCAAAAGGUUGGUUGUUUAAAGUGGAAAUCGAAAAUAACGGCGAAAUAAAAGAGUUAAUGACAGAGGACCAGUACAAAGAAUUCCUGAAAACGGCGGAAUCCCAUUAAUUUUUUAAUUGUUUUUCUGUAAAUAAAUAAAUACAUAGUUGGCGUUGUUGU